UUCUUUAAAAAAUAAAAUGGCUGUGAUUGGCCAGAAUAGUAUUUGGUACAUAUUAAAGUCUGAUGGUGUAAACUAGGUCAGUGCUUUCUACAAGAGAAAACAUUGGAUUGGUUUAGCAAUUGCAAAACUGCACACGGUGGUUUCAAUAUAAUCUUAUUUAGCGAUUGAAAAAAAAAGUACAAAUCAAUACGAGGGAUUAAUAAUACAGUUAUGUGCAGCAGAUUUUGGAAAAUGCGAAAUCAUACGGAAUAUUUGAUUUCUCAUACAUUUUCAUCUUUACGACGCUUUGGAAAUAACUCUCGGAUGUGAUAGUGUGAACACGAUUUUCUCCAAUUUUUCACGAAUUUUCUGUCAAAUGUUACGAAUGCUUUAGCAAUGAACUGUUAUAUUACUCUCGUAAGGUUUCACGAAUAAUUUGAAACAUCUGAGAGAAGAGACCGAUGUUUCUUGUUUACUGAUUAGAGUUGUCGAUCAAUACUGAUGAAAAUUAAGGUUUCUCGGUAUUAAUUUGAUCAAUUCGACGACACCUGUCCAUUCCUCGGUCUCAUUAGAAUGGAGCCAGAUAAAAUUCCUUUGCCAUUAGAACCCAUAAAAUCAAAUCAAAUCGAAGAUAGACGCUUAUGGGUAGGCAAUUUAGAUUUAAGAAUUAAUGAAACUAACUCUCUUUUUGUCAAUCGGUACCAACUCCUGAAACUUGUCCAAAAAUAUGGCACAAUCGAAAAGUUCGACCUGCUGUUUCAUCGAUCGGGGCCUCAAGCUGGUCAGCCAAGAGGAUACGCAUUUGUUACUUACAAAACAAUCCAAGAUGCCAAAACAGCAAAGGAUGCAUUACAUAACCUAAAAGUUGGAGCUAAAAAUAUUAUUGUCAGAUGGGCACAUAGUGUCACCGAGUCGGACAUGGAGAAACCAAAGCCAAAAAUAGAUAUUCCUGCCUUAGCUGGUGCAAAGAAAGAAGAUAAAAAAAUAAGUCUUGAAACAGCAAUUCAAGCAAUUGAAGCAAAACUUAAAUUAAUGAAAGAAUCCGAGGAAGAAUUUGAGUUGAAUAAACCAUUGGAAGGCUCGCCAAUUAUACACCUUUAUCAGAAACCAGAAAAUCAAAAACCGUCCACUUCUACACGUUAUCAUAGUCGUGGAAGCUAUUACCAUCACAACAAACCAUAUAGUCGUCAUAAACCAAGAAGAUAAUUCAUGUAUAGUCAUAUUUCGAAUAUUUUAUUUUUUCAUUUAUUAAAUAAUAAAUCAUUAUAUCAUUUCUUUUUUCAUAAUAUUUAUAUUAUUAAUUUAUAAUAAUCUAGGCAUUUGUAAUAUUGUUUUUAUUAAAAAUUCUAUAUUUCUUGCUAUAUUAAAAGAUUUUAUAUACAUUUUGUAUAUUGUGUAAUGUUCAUACAUAUUUUUAAAUAAUACAAUUCUAAAAAUUUC